AGAAGUCAGAUCAGCGAUUUCUUUUGGAAUCUCGGUUGGAUUUUCCAGCCAGGAAACCCACCAAACGGAAGACCAGAAAAGCAAAAGAAUUAGUAAAGGAACUCGUAUUGCUGUAGUAGCCCUGAUUGAAGGAAGAAGUCGCCCUCCUCGUGCUCGAGAGAUCUUCCUAGAAUGCGGCCGCCAUUUGAGACGACCCAAGUGGCAAAGUAUGCGUGUCCAGGUUCGUAGUUUUCUAUGGAUUGGGCUUGUGGGUGAUCGCCACCAUGGAUCGAAUCUCUCUCCUCCUCUUUUUCUCGCUCGUCUCGCUCGUGAUCCAUCAAACUAGCCUCGAAGUUUCAGCUCAACCAGGAUUUUUGAGCUUGGAUUGUGGAGCGAAUGCAAGCUAUACGGAUCCAGCCACCGGAAUUCGGUGGCAGCCAGACGCUUUCUUCCUCUCGAGUGGAGCAAGUAACAGCGUCAUCCAACAGGUAUCAAACUCUUCCGUCCGGAAUCCAUACAGGCAGCUUCGAUCUUUUCCUGGACCCGAUCGCAAGAGCUGCUACUCGCUUCCUGUGAAUGCCAGCCAGCGCUAUCUCAUCCGAGCAACUUUUCUCUAUGGAAACUACGAUGGCCGAAACACUGCUCCCGAGUUUACCAUAUAUCUCAACGUUACGCGCUGGGCCGAAGUGAGGGUGGAAGAUAUCAACCGUGAAGUUUUCGUGGAGAUGCUGUUUCUCUCCCCCGGAUCGACGCUGGAAGCUUGUCUUGUGAGUGGAGGAACUGGAGUUCCAUUUAUCUCUACUCUCGAGCUUAGACAACUGAUUGGAUCCAUGUACUCGGCUCCAUACGAAGGUCGAGCUCACCUCCAACAUAUCGUUCGCAUCAACUUUGGAGCUCUCACAACCGACGACGUGAGGUAUCCGGAUGAUAUAGUCGAUCGAAGAUGGCAGUCGGAUCUUACCAGGCCAAACAAUCUCGCCGCGGAAGCUCCCGGGACGAUCCGAGUGAACACAACUUCGACGGUAGGAGUGGAUACGGCUGCCGAGAGGCCUCCCGAGCGUGUCAUGCAAACCGCAGUGGUGGGAUCCAAUGGAAGCUUGACGUAUCGCUACUUGAUCCCAGAGUUCCCGGCGUUUGCUUUCGGAAGAACUUACUUUGCGGAGAUCCAAGAGUUGAGAGCCAGGGACGUUCGAGCUUUCACCUUCAUCCUGCCCAACGAUACGUUCUUUCGAAACCAAGUUGUGAACCUCCGGAAUGACAUCGGUGCGUUUCAAGCCUACGAACCUGGAUAUGACAACAUCUCUUUGCCUGGAAUCAUAAACUUUGCUUUCCAGAGAACGGCGGAGGCAAACUUGGGUCCUAUACUCAACGCCAUGGAGGUGCUGAGGAUUGUAAACAGGCAAUCUCCCACAAACUUGGACGAUGUGAAUUCCCUCGGCCAAUUCAUUCAGCAGUUUGGACUCUCUGGGACGGGAGAUCCAUGUCUUCCCGUGAUGUGGAACUGGAUAACUUGCAGCAACGAUGGAAUUCCGAGAGUUAAUGGAAUAAUACUUCCAAACAGUAACUUGAAUGGUACAAUCCCUGCUGGUGUUUCUCAAAUGACAGGCUUAAACAUAUUAGAUCUCCGAAACAAUUCCUUGUCAGGUUCUAUACCCGAUAUGAGUCGACUCUCUGUCUUGAGACAACUGCAUCUCGAAAGCAAUCGUCUUAGCGGAGACUUUCCGGAAUCUCUCCAAAAUAUACAAACACUCCAACUACUAUACAUCCAGAACAACCUUUUAACUGGAAGUAUACCCGAGGACCUUCUAAACAGGCGUGGCUUGGAUUUCCAGUACUCUGGAAAUCCAAACCUGUGUACCAGGGAUUGCUCGAACAAUAACUCACGAUCGAGAGUUAUCGGAGGAAUUGUUGGUGGAUUGAUAGGAGGGAUACUUCUCUGCGCGGCAGCAGCAACAGCAAUAUACUUCCUGUUCUUGAGAAAGAAGCCGAGAUCAUAUAAGGGAAGCACUCCAUCAAAAACUACUGCGGACCAGCCAGCGGACUCUUUCACGUCCAUGAUCUCCACACACCAGUCUCACGGAUCCGACAGUGGGAGCUUCGUCCAGGAGCAACCAAGCGAUGCGUAUCGCUACUCGUUCCAAGAGAUGAAAGAAGCAUCAAACAACUUUGGCAACAAGAUUGGCUCCGGUGGUUUUGGAACUGUCUACUAUGGAAGGCUCAAGAACGGCAGAGAAGUUGCGAUCAAAGUGUUAUCAGCGACGUCGCACCAAGGAGCCAGAGAAUUCUCCAACGAAGUAACUCUCUUGUCUCGCAUUCACCACCGUAACUUGGUUUCGUUCUUGGGAUUUUGCCAAGAAGGAAGAGAACGAAUCCUCGUGUACGAGUUCAUGCACAUAGGAACGCUGAGAGAUUGCCUCUACGGUAAAGAAGAAGAUCGACUCGUCCUGGACUGGACUUCGAGGCUCAAAGUUCUUUUGGACGCAGCAAAAGGCCUAGAUUAUCUCCACACUGGAUGCAAUCCGAGCAUCAUCCACCGAGAUGUCAAGAGCAGCAACAUUCUCAUCAGUGACAAGAAAACUGGCAAAGUUGCCGACUUUGGCCUCUCCAAAAUGACCUCGGAAGGGUCGAGCCUCGUCUCCACCACUGUCAAAGGAACAGUGGGAUACUUGGAUCCCGAAUACUACAUGAACCAACGCCUCACCGAGAAGAGCGAUGUCUAUAGCUUUGGAAUCGUUCUCCUCGAGACCAUCUCCGCGAGAGAGCCUCUCAGUCCCGAGCUCUUCGAGCCGGAAUCCAACAUCGUCCAGUGGGCUCGAGCGGCUCUCCAAAAGGGGGACAUAAAGAGCAUCGUGGAUCCAGCGCUUGGCGACGCUCCCCGGAUGGAAUCUCUGUGGAAGGUCGGCGAGAUCGCAAUGUAUUGCGUGGAGCCGCAUGGGGUGAAUCGACCAACGAUGGCGGAGGUGGCGCGCGAGCUCCAGGAGGCUCUGGAUCUCGAAGAAGAGCCGGUCGGCCUCGAAUCAUCGCCAAAACCACACAAUCCCGACCAAUUCGACGAUGACGUAGAAUCAUCGCGAGCAGCAGCAGCGGGAACUCCCUACCACCUGGAUGCGCCCAGAAAUCCACGGUCGACCAUGGAUCUAAGCUCGGUCUUCGCCCAACCCCACGCCCGGUGAGGGUGUUCUUGGCGCCCAAAUUCAAAAUAUCUUCGUUUGGAGGAUAUUCGCUAGGGUUUAUGACGAGGGCGGUAUGCUCCUCGCGAAUCCACUGCCUUGUUUCAAGGCUUUGGAGCU